AUGUUGGGGGCGAUGAUCGCCUCCAUUGACGAUUAUUUUGCAUCGGUGCGUGCUCUGGAGGCCGCGAGGCGUAGUCGGGAGGCCUUGAGGCGUUCUCGGGCUUCAUCUACACGCGUGCGGGUGUCAUCGUCUUUAGAUCCGGCUGGGUACACCGUGCCAGCAGCCACCCUCGCACUUGCGUCAUCCACCAUCGCCGCGUCCUCAGCUAUGAAUCCGACCUCCCUAGCACGUCACCAGCCGCAAGCGGAGCAGCAGACUACCUCAUCGGAGGAGGCGGUCAAGGGUGAACUCCUCCCUGCCUCUCACUCAUCUCCAACCCAGAUCCACACCGUGACCUCCUCUCCAGUGGCAUCACCCACCCACCUGAUGCACCACAUCCAGCGCGGUCCCAUCCGCGGUGUCUCGCUCAAGCUGUGGAAGGAGGAGCGCGAGCGCUGCACGGACUUCAUCUCGGAGAAGUCGGCACCCGAGUUCGGCGAGAUCCGCUUUGACAAGGAGGCCAUGGAGAUGCUCGCUGAGCUUGGCAUGUCCGACCUCCCUAGCAUCGAGCAUUAG